AUGUUGGUGGCAGCGAUGGGAUCCCUCUCGUCAGAGCUUUAUGCAGACAGUACCAAUAAAGUAGUAGGAUCUUUGCACAAUGUAAAAUCAUCCAUAAAUAGCCUUGCCUUUUCAUGCUAUUACUCAUGCGGCCAACAUAAUUUCACAUCAGGCAUAGCCAAGGAUGACUCACUGUUGUUAAAUGACAUGAGUAAAAAUAAGGACACUAUUGUAACCAGACCUGAUAAGGGGAAAAGUAUGGUUACCCUAAACAGGAAUGAAUACAUUGAAAUGAUGGAAAGCAUCUUAAGAGAUGAAACAAAAUUCAUUAAGACCUCUCUCAUUAUCAAAAGAGGAGACCAACUUAAUAACUUGCCAAGAAAACUCGAAGAUAGCCAGUCAAUUGAUAAAGAUACAUAUCCACGACUGUUCACUUCUGGAUCAAAACCAAGCGUCCUGUAUGGGCUUCCUGAAGGUCAUAAAAUAGGUGCUCCCUUAGACCAAUACUUUUAG